AUGUCGGCAAUAGGUGCAGCUGCUGCGCGAGCAGUCAGUCGAGCGGCAGCUUCUUCUCGUUCUCGAGCUAUCCGUCUCCCGCGAUCCUCUCGCUCUGCUCUAGUCGCAUGUCCGGUCACUUCUCGACGAACAUACUCCUCGCCCUCGGCGGCCAAUCCCUCCACAAGAUCCACUGUUGUACAGUUGCUCAGUAAUAUUGGUUCAAAGAGAGAGGUGCAGCAAUACUUGUCACACUUCGCCUCGGUUUCUUCCCAGCAAUUCGCCGUAAUCAAGGUGGGCGGAGCUAUCUUGACCGAGCACCUUCAGACCCUGUCGUCCGCCCUCGCGUUUCUAAACCAUGUCGGUCUCUAUCCGGUUGUCGUCCAUGGUGCAGGACCACAGCUGAACAAGAUUUUGGAGGAUUCCGGGGUUGAGCCACAGUUCGAAGACGGCAUACGUGUUACAGAUCCAAAGACCUUGGGCAUAGCACGUGCGCUGUUCUUGGAAGAGAACUUGCGCUUGGUUGAAGAGCUUGAGCGACUGGGUGUACGUGCAAGACCAAUCACAUCCGGGGUGUUUACAGCGGACUACCUGGACAAGGAGAAAUACAACCUCGUAGGCAAGAUCAACCAUGUUGACAAGAAACCUAUCGAAGCAGCCAUUCAGGCAGGAUGUCUUCCAAUCUUGACGUCAAUGGCCGAGUCAAAAGAAGGACAGGUCUUGAACGUCAAUGCUGAUGUUGCGGCUGGUGAACUGGCCAGAGCACUGCAGCCAUUGAAAAUUGUCUACCUAUCUGAGAAAGGUGGAUUGUUCAAUGGAGAUACCAAGGAGAAGAUCUCUGCUAUCAACCUCGACGAGGAAUAUGACCACCUUAUGACGCAGUGGUGGGUUCGACAUGGCACGAGAUUGAAGAUCAAGGAGAUGAGAGAGCUCUUGAUGGAUUUGCCUCGAACCUCCAGCGUCGCCAUCAUACAUCCUGCCGACCUACAGAAGGAGCUCUUCACCGACUCGGGUGCAGGUACUCUGAUCCGCCGCGGAAACAAAGUCCACGUCAACACUUCCAUUGAUCAAUUUGGGGACCUUGAGAAGCUCAAGGAGGUUCUCAUCCGAGAUCGCGCUGGGCUCGACGCUAAGGCUGUUGUCGAUCGAUAUGUCAAAGGCUUGAAAAACCGCGAAUUCAAAGCGUAUUUCGAUGAGCCCAUGGAGGCUUUCGGGAUUGUGUUGCCGCCAAGCGGAGAGACCACUUUGGCUCAUCUAGCUACUUUGACCAUCACCAAGAAUGGCUGGCUGACCAACGUCGCUGACAACAUCUUUGCUGCUAUCAAGAAAGACUAUCCUAAGUUGAUGUGGACGGUCAAGGAAGACGACGAGAACCUGACCUGGUUCUUCGACAAGGCCGAUGGCAGCCUCUCCAAAGAUGGUGAAGUGCUCUUCUGGUACGGACUCGAAACAAGCGAUGAAGUAAGGGACUUGAUGGUCGAAUUUACCAAGCAUGGUCGACAAAUGUUUGGUGACAUCAACCUUGAAUCCAAGCUUCAGCGUGCUGCCAGAGCCGCAUCUCAGAUGGCAAGCAACGCUGCUCAAUCAGCGGGCCUGACGCAGAAGAGAGCAUUCUCAACACAAGCAAAUCCUUUGCGCUCAGCUCGGCAGGCUAGAUACGUGACAAAGCCUGCACUUUCCGUUCGCACCUAUGCUACCACCACAAAUCCCAAUCCACCUCUCGGCUCCAAGAACAGCUCCAACCCGAAGCCGUCCAGAGUCGCUCUCAUUGGAGCCCGAGGAUACACUGGAAAAGCUCUCGUCGAGCUUCUCAAUCGUCAUCCUAACAUGGACCUGCGCCAUGUCUCAUCACGAGAGCUUGCGGGACAAAAGCUCAGCGGAUAUGACAAACGUGAAAUCAUCUACGAGAAUCUGAGUGUGGAAGAUGUUCAAAAGAUGGAAGAAGAUGGUGCUGUCGAUUGCUGGGUCAUGGCCCUUCCCAACGGCGUCUGUAAGCCAUUUGUCGAUGCCAUUGACCGAGUUGGUAAGAACAGUGUCAUUGUCGAUCUGAGCGCCGAUUACCGAUUUGAUCCUUCUUGGACAUACGGUCUGCCUGAGUUGGUCGACCGUUCCGCUAUUGCCAAAGCUACGAGGAUCUCCAAUCCCGGAUGCUAUGCGACAGCUGCCCAGAUUGGCAUCGCUCCCCUCGUUCCGUAUCUGGGCGCUCAGCCGACGGUAUUUGGUGUUUCUGGCUAUUCUGGCGCUGGCACCAAACCUAGCCCAAAGAACGACGUUCAGAACUUGACAGACAACAUUAUCGCCUACAGUUUGACGGAUCACAUUCAUGAACGUGAGAUCUCGACGCAGCUUGGAACUCCAGUGGGUUUCAUCCCUCACGUCGCUGUUUGGUUCCAGGGCAUUCACCAUACGAUUAACAUUCCACUGAAGGAAGAGAUGAAGUCGCGUGAUAUCCGAAACCUCUACCAAGAUCGGUAUGCUGGAGAGAAGCUGCUGAAGAUCAUUGGUGAAGCUCCCUCGGUCAAGAAUAUUGCAAACCGUCAUGGUAUCGAGGUUGGUGGGUUUGCCGUUCAUUCGAGCGGGAAAAGAGUGGUUAUUUGCGUCACUAUCGACAACCUGCUAAAGGGUGCUGCGACGCAAUGUCUUCAAAAUAUGAAUUUGGCUUUGGGUUAUGGAGAAUACGAAGGUAUCCCGCUCGAAUAG